GUGGUAACAGACGGACAGUACAGACAGACCAAGUAAACUCUCGAUGCGCAUGCGCGCCGCCGAGGGUUAAUUAUUCCAAAUGGAGCGCAGUGUCGGUGACUGAGCUAGUUUGUCCAAAUAAACAAAAGCUAAACAGAGUCAACAGCUGAGCUCGAGCUCUCCAGAGGCCGCCAGAGGCCCCGCUGCAGAGUGGUGAGAAUGGAUAAGUCACGGUUCAGAGAGGACACGGACGAUUCUGACGAAAGUCUCGACGUCUCUAAGCAGAGACCGUCCGUCCAGACCCCUCUUCCUGCCGUCCCAGCGGCCACUCCGUCUAGGACUGGGUCACGUGCCUCUGCAGGCUCCUGGAGACCAGGGCUGCUGGAUUUGAUGUCCGGUGGUGUGGAGUGUCCCACAUGCAGAGGGACAGGCAGACUGCCACGAGGUCAGAACGAGCAGCUAGUUGCCCUUAUCCCAUACUCCGACAAGAGAUUGAAGCCACGCAGGAGAUGGUGUGUGUAUGUGUCGAUAGUUCUGGUGGUACUGCUGGUGUGUGGAGGUGUUUUAUUGGCCUUCAUGUUCCCCCGAGCGGCCUCCAUCUCUCUCCUGGCCAUGAACUCCAGCACAGAAUGGAGCCCUCUCCACAACGCCUCUGGUGUCUCUAUCUUGAUGGAGACUCGUGUGCGGAUAAAGAACAACAACUUCUUUCGUCUUGAGGUUCAGUGGCUGAACAUAUCUCUCUUCAACAGUCAGACUCAGGUCGGGGACAAACAGACUGGGCCAUUUUCCAUUGGACCACGACAGGACUCAACCACUACGGUUGAGCAGAAUGCUACAUUCACUGAUGAUUUGGCUUCCAAAGUUAGGUCGUUAUGUACUGGAGGAGACUGGCAGCACUGCCUGUCCAUGUUCGCCAUGGGAGAGAUGAAGUACACUGUUCUCUCACACACAGCAGAGAUCGUCACCUCCAAACACUCGUUCUUUGUUGCAUGUGAUGUCAUACAAACCACCACCAAAAGCACCCCAGCAUGUUCAUGA